AUGGGCUCUCACAAACUCACCUGGCUCAUCACCGGCUGCUCCUCCGGCUUUGGCCUCUCCUUAACUCGCGCCGCUCAGGCUGGUGGCCAUAAGGUCAUCGCCACCUCGCGCAACCCUUCCCGCACCCCCGAUCUGGUUGCAGAAAUCGAGGGAAAGGGGGGCAAAUGGGUCCAGCUCGAUGUUGAGAGCCCCCAGAGCGGCAAUGUGAUUUCUGAGCUUGAGAAGGGCGGAGAACAGAUUGACAUUCUUGUGAACAACGCCGGGGGUUCUAUCUACGCGCCCAUUGAGACCAGUACCGAGGAGGAGAUUCGCGCCCAGAUGGAGACGAUGUACUUUGGCCCCCUGCGCCUUAUCCGUACGGUUCUCCCUUACAUGCGUCAACGCCGAUCAGGUAUAAUUGUCAACAUGAGCAGCGGCGCUUCCCUCGAUGGAAUUCCCACAAUGGGAGUCUACGGAGGCGCUAAGGCUGGUCUGGACGCCCUCACCAAGGUCCUCGCUAAGGAGGUUGCUCCUUUUAACAUUCGUACCCUGACCGUCGUCCUGGGAACUUUCAACACCAAUAUGCUCAACUCUGUCGUGCUGGGCAAGACUCCUCUCCCUGACGACUACAAGGGUACCUUCACAGAGCAGGUGCAAGGGCUUCUGCUGAAUGGGAAGAUCAAGCCGAACGGCGACAAAGACAAGGCCAUGCAAGCCCUCUAUCAGGUUGUGGUUGGCGAAGGUGUGGGCGAGGGGCACCAGGAGGAGAAGCUGUUGGCUUUGGGAAGUGACAUGACUCCUCGCCUCAAGGGAACUCAAGACUAUCUUGGCCACGCGCUGGAGGUGUUCGGCUCCGUGACCAACGGUGUAGAUCUGGAUAAAUAG